AUGACUACAGUAACAUCAUCGUCUCGUCUUCUCUCUCUAGCUCUUGUGCUGCUGGUGCAAACACUGACACUCCGACCAGUCGAUGCAGCGAUUUGUCACAUUUGUGGAGAUUCCGGCAAUGACUUGAUGCAGUACCCCAACAUUGUGCUUGCCAACGUCGGCAAGACUUGCAAUGACAUUAGUAUCGAUGUGGCAGUUGCCAACCCAGACCCAAAUGCCCAAUCAUGCAUUGCAGCACAAAACAUGUGGAGAGGUCGGUGUUGCAAUCCUAAUCAACGUCCUGCCGGUGUCGACCGCGCCAAUGCCGGUCUUCCUCCACAGAACAUUCCUGCCGUGCCUCACAGUGGACCACACCCCAUCUGCAACGUCUGCCGUGACGGGGACUUUCCUUACGAUACAUCCAUGGUCCUCAACUUUCUCUACAUGGGCGUCGGCACUUGUGUCCAAUAUUUCAUUCUGGGAAAGCGAGGAGCGAUCGAGCCACACAUGUGUGCUCCCGUUCAGUUCUUCUCUUACGAGCCUUGUGCCUGUGGAGAACACAACCCUUACUUCAACCCCAACCACCCACGCAACCAAGGAGCUCAACAAGCACCCGGCAACACCAACAGCAAUGCCAAUGGAAAUGCCGGUGGCAACGCCAAUGGCAGGACCAACGGCGAUUCCAAUGGAUCGUCCAAUGGCAGUUCUGGUGGAAACGGUGUCAACCACCAAAAGACACCCGACAGCGACGCCUCCAAGAACGGUCAGAAGAUGGGGGACAGCAUGGGAGGAGCCGGUGGACAGUCUCAUGGAGGACGUCGGCGGGGACUCAAGGGAUCUAAGACACGACCCGUCAAGGUGGAUGAAGAUGUUGUGAUCAAGAUCGAAGUAUAA